AUGUCUACUCCCACUGCUGCUGCUGACGCCAACUUGAUCCCCUCCUCCAAGCCAAACACUGCUGAUGUCUCUCCAACAAUUGAAGAGGUUGCUCCUGUCGUUGUGGAACAACCAGCCGUCAAGGUAAAUGAAACACAAGAGCCAGAUGUCACUUCCUCUGUUACUGCCAAGAAGCCUGAGCAAGACCACAGCGAGAUGCGCGUUGCCCAAGACGAACCUGCUGCUGCUUCGGCCGAGGAUGCCAAUAACAGACGCAACAGUACCAUCAAUCCCUCUACCAUCUUGGAGACUACCAUUGAAGGACUGGCUACCAUCUCAUCCAAAAUCAACCCACUCACAGAAAAACUCGGCAAGGGACUGGACCAAGUGAGACAAUACGCUCAAGAGAAGUUUGGUACAGCUGAUGAAAUCACAGAAUUACCUCAGGAAUAUAAGGAUUUGGAAAAGCGAGUUGACACAAUUGCGCGAGUCCAUCAAAACUUUCUUAAGGUGGCCAAGACGUACAACACACCCAACUAUGACUAUCCUGUGCAGAUCCAAGAAUCCCUCAUUGGCUUCACAAACACUGUGACUAAUCAGAUUCAGCAAUUGAGAAACAAGCCUGAUCGUGCACAGACAGUCGAACAUCCCAAGACCCUUUCUCACGCUAUUGGUCGUGUCGCUAUAGAUGGUGCCAUGGAAGUCGGCCAUGAGGAAGCGUUUGGUGUGGCUCUUGAUAAAUUAGGUGAUGUGUCCAACAAGCUGGGAGAUGCUAGACUUGCCAUGGAUAGCGAGAUUGUCACCAAAUUCAAUACACCCAUUCAGGUUACACUCAAGACUGCUAUUGAAGGUGCUAACAAGACAAGACGUAAUGUUCAAGUAAAGCGCUUGGCUCUGGAUGCUGCAAAGACCAAUUACCGUGAGUCGCCUACAGUGAAAUUGGAUGCCGCUCGCAGCCAAGUGGAGCAAGCCGAAGAUCAGUUUGUAGGGGCAGUUGAAGAAGCAACCCAUUUGAUGAAAGCAGUAUUGGAGGAUCCUGAGCCUUUGCGUGAUUUAGCAGACUACGCUCAAAUCCAACUUGCAUACUUCAAACAAGCACAAGAGUUAUUCAGUGGACUAGUACCUGAACUGGAGGAGAUUCGAGUGACUCAAGAAUCCAUGUAUCGUGAUGCUGAUGAAUAA